AUGUUGUCCAGAACUCUCCUUGCGCUUAUAGCGCUUGUGCUCUUUGCACACGCGAUUUCCAUCGAGCAUGGGUCAUUGAAAACAAACGGGGGAUAUAAUCCAAUCGACGUGGAUACAGCCAAUCCUCGACUAACAUGGCGACUAGAAUCCUCGAAGAGAGGCGACAUUCAGACAUCCUACCAAAUCCAAGUGUCACGCGAUGAGAACUUCCAAGCACCAGUCGUGUGGGAUUCGGGCAAAAUACAAUCAACUUCAACAUAUUCCAUCUAUGAUGGUGAAUCUCUCGGCUCAAGAAGCUCGGUCUUUUGGCGCGUCAAAGUUUGGGACGUGGAUGAUAACCCGUCCGACUGGAGUUCGCAAGGCCAAUUCGAGAUUUCCCUUUUAGACUCAGAUGAUUGGACGGCGUCCUGGAUCACCAACAAAGACUUCGCCACUGGGUCCACGUCGCUCCCUGUGUUUGCCAAAGAAUUUCAGGUCGAUUGCGAUGUGUCCAAAGCACGGCUGUAUCUUCUUGGCCUCGGUCUGCAUGUUCCUGUGAUCAAUGGUAAAAUAAUUACAGACGAGGUCUUGCAGCCUGGCUACAGCACCGUGAACAUUACGUUGCCCUAUUCGACUUACGAUGUUACCAGGUUUCUGGAGCAUGGAAACAACAUCCUGGGCGUAGAGCUGGGGAAAGGAAUAUACGAUGCUGAGAGACCGCUCUGGGGAAGGUACUACAAGCUAAUCAAGGCGUACCAAGAGCUUCGACUUAUUGCCCAACUAGAAUAUCAAUGCGUGGGAGACAGUCGACUUACGAUAAUCACUUCAGAUGACACCUGGAAAACCUCAUUGGAUGGGCCGUACUGGGAAGCAUCCUGGUAUGGCGGAGAGGAGUACGAUGCUCGAAAGGAACUGCCGAACUGGUCAAGCCGAGAAGGUGACAGGUCUCAAUGGGCUCAUGCAAGUAAAACGACAGGUCCUAGUGGUAAACUAGUCAGUCCACGUUCACCUCCUUUGAAAGUAGUUGAAACGAUCAAGCCCGUGUCAGUGUCCAAGAAUGAAAAUGGAUACUGGGUAUAUGAUCUGGGCGUCAAUGUUGCAGGCACUUUUGGGUUCAAGAUGAAAGACAAGGGCCAUCUAGCUGGAACUCGCGUUACCUUUUGGCCCGAUGAACGGUCCGAUCUCCAACAAGGGACCACCGGCAAACCUAUAUUCAACGCGUAUACCCUCUCCAACUCGUCCUCUCAGACCUAUUCUCCCAAAUUCCUCUAUCACGGGUUCCAAUACUUGGGUGUCAAUACGACGUGGGAGCCCUCACUCGAUGAUCUUGAAGGAUUCGUCAUCCGGGCUGCUAAUGAAGCCAAUAUCAAGUUUUCUUCAAGUAGCGACCACUUCAACAAUAUCCACAAGAUUAUAGAUCGGUCUAUACAGGGAAAUAUGCAUUCAGUGCUGACUGACUGCCCUCACCGAGAAAAGCUUGGUUGGCUCGAGCAAAACCAUCUCGUCUUUGAGCCCGUCGCUUUGGGAUAUGAUAUCCAAUCAUACGGAUAUGACCAUGUUCGUAUCAUGGCAGACGCCCAGGCGCAAGAUGUUCCUGGCUUGAUUCCUGACAUUGCACCGGAAUACACUGUAUUUGGUGGUGGCUAUCGCAACGAUCCAAACUGGGGCAGGGCAAUAAUCAAUGUCCCUUAUCAGCUAUACCAAUACCACGGAGAUAUCGAUGUUCUGAAAACCAAACAUCAGCACAUGAUUGAGUAUCUGGAUUAUCUUCAGAGGCGCGCAGCAGGCCAACCGUAUCUAAAUGAUGGCGGUCUGGGUGACUGGCUGGCCAUCGAUACCAAAACACCAAAAGGUGUUGCCUCCACCUUUGGAUACCACCAAGCUGCACUCUAUUUGUCCAAGAUAGAGGCCAUUUUAGGGAAUGAUGAGUCGGCUAGAAGCUAUACGUCGCUGGCAAAUAGUAUCUUGGACGGGUUCAAUUCGAUGUGGUUCAAUAGCACCGUUGCUGACUCUCCUCACUACUGCGCAACAACGACUCAGGCCUGCAACGCAUUUGCUCUUGACAUGGGCGCAGUUUCAGAUGAGAACAGAGACGCGAUCCUUUCCACACUUAUUAAAUCAAUUGAAAGCACUCCUGGUCUCUUCACCGUCGGAGAGAUUGCCCUUCCCAGUAGGUUUUGUGCUUCAGUUCCUUGA